GGCCAAUCAGUGACAGCGUUACUCAUGACGACGUCGCUCUGAGUUUUGAUUUCAGAAGCUAACGUUAGCCGCCGUGCUGCUGAAAGAUGUCGCUGAAGCAGGGUAUUGGCAGUUCAGAGUACUUGAAGAAAAGGAUUCCACAGAACCCAAAAUUUCAACAUGUAAAAACACGAAUUGACACAGGCUGCAGCCUGUCAAAAUAUAUGGAGAGACUAGAGGAGGCACGAAAAAAUUACAGAUAUAGGAAGGAUGAGCUUUUCAAAAGGCUAAAAGUCACUACAUUUGCACAGCUGGUGAUCCAAGUUGCAUCAGUAUCAGAUCAAAAUGACAUCAUAAAAGAUGAAAUGGCAAGAUUAGAUGAUGAUGUUUCAAUUUUCUCGGAGUCACCAGGACUCGAUCAUCUCUCCGAUCAGACGAACGGCUCCCCACAGCCUACACUUCUCACGUCACAGCAUACUAACAAUGAAGAAUCCGGUGAUGCUGGGUUUACUUCUAGAUCUACUCUUCAAAGUGUCAUCAGUGGUGUGGGAGAAAUGGAUCUCGACAAGAACGGGCACAUGACCGUUCGGUUAUCUCCAGUGUCUAACUCCAAUAUCACUGAAUCCCCUUACCCUGACUGCCCGUAUCUUUUGCUGGAUGUUCGGGACAGGGACCAGUACGACCAGUGCCACAUUAUAAGUGCUUAUAGUUACCCUAUUGCAACUUUAUCAAGGACAAUGAACCCAUACACUAGAGAAGUGCUUGAAUAUAAAAAUGUUUCGGGAAAGAUCAUAAUUGUAUACGAUGAAGACGAAAGGAUAGCGAGUCAAGCGGCCACCACCAUGUGCGAGAGAGGCUUCGAGAAUCUCUUCAUGUUAUCGGGUGGGUUAAAGGUGGUCGCUCAGAAGUUCCCAGAGGGAAUGACAACCGGCUCCAUUCCCGUCUCCUGUCUACAGUCACCCUCCGGAUCUGGAGGUCGUAAACGAUCGGUGCCACAGCAGACGCCGCAGCCAGCAGAAAAAAAGUGGCGGUUCACCUCAGAGGACCUCAGCAGAAUCCAGCAUCACCUGGAGGAGGUGUUCAUACCCAGUGAGCCCAGCAGUGAGUCAUACAUUUCAGAUGCGAUCAAAGUGAACUUUAUGUCGUCUCAGCAGCAGAAUGUCCACUGGCAGCGCUCGCUCGAAAGCAUCUAGUGUCCGGAGCAGUCGACAGGGAUCGUCCAUAGCCGGGUCAGAGAGCGCUCGGUCACGGAGCAGUCGACCAUGGAAAUGACCCCAGUCACCUUCAUCAAUAUCAUUUUCACCCUAAUACCCUAAAUAAAGUUGAACUUUUUAUCCAAUUACUGUACACAGUUGUGAUGGACACUACUCAACCACUGGCAGUGUAUAUUAAAUUAAUGCAGCUUGCAGCAUGAUUGAAUUUUCACACAAUAGGCACUUUUUUUUCUUUGGUUUAUACACAUAUAAGCUUUGCACUGCAAAAUCCAGAUUCAGAUGUAAAUGUCCACAUAAUUUGAUCUAUUAUGAUUAUAAGAGGUGGCUAGGGUAUGACACCUAUUUUGGGGUUAUAGGAUUGUUCUGUAUGUUUCAUACAGUAGAACGCUACUUUGAAGGUGGUCAUAUUAUUUUGUUUUUUAUGUGCGAUGCUAUGAUCUUUUCGGUGAGCAUGCUGGAUUAGCUAAACAAUAUUUCUUUGCUCAGUAGGUACAUUUGCUGCAGUGCUUUAGAAAUAUUUUUGAUGUAUGCCUUAUCACAGGCAGAGGAAGGGAGGAUUGCCUUCUGUGUGUUUGUUUGUUGCUUUUGUGGUUUGAAUUUGAUGCCUUUUGAAGCAGAGAACAAAGAUUUGCCCCCUUUUCUACAAUCAGCAUCCACUGAACUGUGUUCUCCUGUAGAUGUAAUCGCAGAUAUUCAUGGAGAUAAAUAAUGUUGCUGUGACGUUUUGCUUUGCCUGUCAAAAAGCUAAAAUAUGCUUUGACCAGUUUUCUUGUUCUCAUUGACUACACUGCAAAAAAUGAAUCUCUUAGUAUUUUUGUCUUGUUUUCAGUAGAAUAUCUAAAAAUUCUUAAAUUAAAAUGCUUUUUUUCACUGCAAAAAAUGAUUUUCAAGAAAACAAAUUCUUAGUAUUUUUGUC